AUGGUGCACAUCAUCGUGUGCAGCCUGCGUGGUGAGCGGCAGCAGAUCCUCGCAGAAGAGACCCCGUUUUCCGUCGAGAAGCUCAAGGAGCACCUCGGGAUUCUAGCGCAGGGGUGCUUUCUGUCAAGCAUCCUGCGCGACAAAGACAUUCUUGACGAUGCCACAGACCUAGCUGGCUUCCCGCAGCCGGUCGAGGUGAACCUGAUCCAGCAUCCGAGCCAUUGGUCGCCGAUGCUUCUGUCUGCUGCCCAUCGGCAAGACAUCUCAGAGGUCGAGAGCGCCCUCAGAAGUUUGGCAGAUCCGAAUUCCCAGGACGACAACGCUUGGACUGCAAUCUGCUUUGCCGCCCUCCACGGCAACCUAAACAUGGUGAAGCUGUUGCGCAAGGCAGGUGCUGACUGCGAGCUUGGGCCCGAUGAGAACGCAGCUCUGCAUUUCGCCGUGCGUGGAGGUUACCUGCAGGUGGUCGAUUACCUCGUGGCGCAGAGGUGUGAUGUGAAUGGUCGGGACAGCUACGGGGUCUCCCCUCUGCAGGCCGCCGCCGAGGAAGGCGACAACGAAUUGGUGCCGGCAUUGUGCGACUUCUGCGCCGACCUGGAUGCUGCGGAUGACGAAGAAGUCACUCCUCUGUUGGCGGCAUGCUGCAGAGGCGAGGUGUCCGUGGUCAAGACCCUCUUGGAUCGACGGGCAGAGGUGAGCAACGUCACGCGGACCGGCGCCUCUGCGCAAAGCUUGCUUCUAGGCUUUCUGGAAAGCCGUCCAACUUCUGAGAAGGUUUCGCAAGCUCGUGACCUCCUUCGGGACCUUGAUGGCUUGGUCAGUGCUCGGCGGGAGUUUGCAGACCGCGACCAUGGGAGCACUAUGGAAGAUUGA